AUGCACUGUCUCAUCAGUCUCUCCGCUCUACACGUUGCAUAUCUCAAUCCUGACGACAGACGCGCAAAUCUCCACAUCGCAGCGCAUCAUCACACCGUCGCUCUCAGCGGAUUCAGAGCAGAUAUCGACACGAUUGGCCCGCACAACGCUGAAGCAGUCUUUGCUACUUCAACGCUAAUGUUCUUCUACGCUUUCUGUACCUUUUCCAAGCUUUCAGAUGCCAACGCGGACAAACAGCAAGAUAGCGACAACACCAACGAUAGCCUAUCAAUACGGGCAUCGCGUAUUUUGGGUGCAGAAUGGAUACCCCUUGUGCGCGGUAUCCAGGCUGUGAUAGGUCCUAUCUACGAACAUCUCAAAGAGGGCCCUUUAAAAUCAACGCUCCAUCUAAAGGACUGGGAUGAUAUGGAUCCCAACAUGCAGCCGGGACCGGAUGAUCAGCACGUGGUGCGCAUCAAGCAGACGUGGGCUGACGAUGGUAAUAAGGCAGUAUACGACGAGACGCUGUAUUUGUUGAGGAAGAUGAGUGCAUGGGUCCUUCAUUUCCGGAAAACCUGGGAAGAUCAACAGGAGGAAUGGGGAUAUAACGGUAGUUGGUCUGCUCGGCAAAGCUCCGAGAAGCAAGGCAUCGACAUCCACUAG